AUGGAGAGCUUCAACAAUGUGAAGCAGUGGCUUAGUGAGAUUGACCGAUACGCCAAUGACAGCGUAUGCAAGCUUCUUGUUGGCAACAAACGUGAUCUGGCUGAGAGCAGGACUGUCGAGACUUCAGCUUAUGCUGAGGAGAUAGGCAUCCCGUUCCUCGAAACGAGUGCUAAAGACUCGAUCAAUGUCGAGGAGGCGUUCUUGGCAAUGUCUGCUGCAAUUAAGAAAAGUAAAGCAGGGAGUCAGGCGGCCCUGGAGAGGAAGCCCUCCAAUGUAAUUCAGAUGAAAGGGCAGCCAAUUCAACAAGAGCAGCAGAAGAGUAGAUGCUGUUCAGCAUGA